AUGAAGCUGAUCGUCACCUCGGCCACACUGGACGCGGUGAAGUUCUCCCAGUACUUCUGCGAGGCCCCCAUCUUCACCGUGCCGGGCCACGCGUACCCCGUGGAGAUCCUGUACGCCAAGGAGCCCGAGACCGACUACCUGGACGCCAGCCUGAUCACCGCCAUGCAGAUCCACCUCACCGAGCCGCCGGGUGACAUCCUGGUCUUCCUGACCGGGCAGGAGGAGAUCAACAUGGCCUGCGAGAUCCUGUACGAGAGGAUGAAGUCCCUGGGCCCCGAUGUCCCCGAGGUGAUCAUCCUGCCCGUGUAUGCCGCCCUGCCCAGCGACAUGCAGACCCGGAUCUUCGACCUGGCCCCGCCGGGCAGCAGGAAGCAUUGGGAUUGCCUGCCCAUCUACAGGCUGAAGGGGAAGGUGGUGCAGGCCAUCCCUGGCAAUCAGAUCCUCAUCAUUAUCACAGAGGCUGGGUCUGGAAAGACCACCCAGAUCACUCAGUACCUGGCUAGGGCUGCAUACCCGUUGAGCAAGAUCAGGUCUCCCCAGUCCAGGUGUGUCGUCCCCAUGUCCAUGGCCAAGAGAGUGUCUGUGGAUUUCAGCUGCUGCUUGGUUCAAGAGGUGGGCUACACCAUUCGUUUCGAAGGCUGCACCAGCCCAGAGACCAACAUGAAGUACAUGACGGACAGCAUGCUGCUCUGAGAGUGCCUAAUCGACUGUGACUUGACAGCGUUCACGAUCAUCAUGCUGGGUGAGGCACACAAGGGGAUGGUCCAAGCCAACGUGCUGUUCGGGUUGCUGAGGAAGACUGUGCAGAUACAGGGGGACAUGAAGCUGCUCGUCACCUUGGCCACACUGGAUGGGAUGAAGCCCUCCCAGUACUUCUCUGAAGCCCCCAUCUUCACCAUCCCCGAAUGCUCCAAACCCAAAGAGAUCCUGUACCCCAAGGAGCCCAAGACUGAAUACCAGGAGGCCAGCCUGAUCACUGUUAUGCAGAUCCAUCUCACUGACCUCCUGGUCCUCCUGACCCAGAAAGAGGAGAGGGACAUGGCCUGCAAAAUGUUAGACAACUAG